AUGAUGUAUCAAGACUACACCGACAAACCCAAACACUUCCUCCUAGGAUCCUACACUACAUUUACCAAUUUUCCACUUGAGAACAGCAAUCUUGAAUACUAUAUGUAUAUUCCAACAAUCCAUAACAUUGAAUGUGUUUUCCCAACGAACCAACCCAAUGACUGUUUUUAUUCGGUUGAAAUGGAUGUUGCUGUGAUGAUCGAAAAUUUGGAGAGUUCCGAAUAUUCCAUUAAGCUCAUCUCUCUGCAAUCUCCAACUCUUGCUGAACUCGUUGAAACUAACAACAUUGCUUAUUCAGAUAUACCAUCAGGAGUUAGUUUCGAAGACAUGCACGACUUCUUUCAAGUCAUUCAUGGCGUUGAUCUCAAAUUGAAUGAGACAAACAUUGAGGCCUUCCUGAAGCUUGCCAACCAUCUCAAAGUGCCACGUAUCACAGAAUAUUGUAAGGAACAAAUGAUUGUUGGUGUCAGUGGAAUGACAACUAAUCAAAUAGUCGAUUUGGCUGAGGAAUUGUCAUUUUGGGAUGUUGUGCCCAGAAAAGUGGCCGCUGCGAAAUCUCUGGCUGAUUUGAAGGCGCAAAACUGGGAUUUGGAGAAGUUGGAUGACGAUGUCAUCACACAGAUUACUCGUAGAAUUUUUGAAUUGAAUUAG